AUGUCCCAAAAGCUUCAGGUAGCAGUUGUAGGCAUUGGACGCAUGGGCAUGCGCCAUGCCCGUCACUUUGCAACUCUCACUCCCCGUGCUGAGCUGAUCGCUGUGUGCUCGCCCAUACAGGCUGAGCUGGACGCCGCCACGAAGGAGUUUGCCGAUGUCCGCACCUACACCGAUUACGAGCAGAUGCUCUCACAGGAGAAGACCCUGCAGGCAGUUGUCGUGGCCAGCGCCACGACCGUGCAUGCGAAGCAGGCUAUCAUGGCAAUUGAGAGGGGAUUGCAUGUUCUCUGCGAGAAGCCAAUCAGCACGAGUCCUGAAAUUUCCCAAUCCGUCGUCGACGCCUACAAAGUCUCCAUCAACAAGUAUCCCAACCAGAAAGUGAUUUGCGGUUUCUCAAGGCGUUUCGAUGCUAGUUACCGGGACGCACACCAGCGCAUGAAAAGCGGGCAUAUCGGCACACCGUCUGUGUUCCGCUCUCAAACUUGUGACAAGCUAGAUCCCAGCGGGUUCUUUGUCGCAUAUGCGGAGUUCUCGGGUGGGAUAUUCGUGGACUGUUCGAUUCACGAUAUCGACCUGGCACUGUGGUUCUUCGGCGAGAAUAUCAAAGUGAAGAGUGUAACUGCUGUUGGUAUCACGGCUGUGCAACCGGAUUUACGGAAGCACAAUGAUCGGGAUAAUGCGCUAGGGAUUAUUGAGUUUUAUGGGGGCAAGAUUGCCCAGCUCUACUGCUCACGAAUGAUGGCCGCGGGUCAAGAAGACUGCACAGAGAUCUUCGGGACAGAAGGCAAGAUCGCGGUUAACACGCAGCCGCAGAUGAACCUAGUGAAUCUGUACGAAUCGACCGGUAUUCGGCGCGAGAUUCCGGCGGACUACUAUGGCCGAUUCCGGGAAGCUUUCAUUACGGAGGCAAACGAGUUUACUGCCUCUUGUUUGGAUAACACGCCGGCUCCGCUGGCGCUGGAGUCUGCGGUCAAGGCUGUUAUUAUUGGAUGUGCAUUGCAAGAGUCUUUGAUUACGGGGAAGAAGAUUGAGUUUGAUGAGAGUGGGCGGCGGGUUGAGAUUUCCAAGCUGUAA